AUGGCGCAGGCGCAAGUUAGCAACAUCGGUAAGGGUUUACAAGGGUCUUGUAGUAAAGAUCUUUCUAAAACCCAGAAACCUAGUACCAUAUGUUCAGUUUGGGUAUUUGUUGUUGCUGCUGCUACUAAAGAGAAAUUAUCUUCUUUAUCAGAGAUUCUAUUACAACCAAUUAAUGAAAUCUAUGGCGUUGUUAAACUCCCUGGUUCUAAAUCUUUGUCUAAUCGGAUCCUUCUAUUAGCACCUCUAUCUGGGGUAAAUAGAUUUACUACGUUACUGUCUCCAAGAAAGGCUUAUGUAGAAGGGGAUGCAUCGAGUGCCAGUUACUUCCUUGCAGGUGCGGAAAUCACUGGUGGGACCGUCACCGUUGAAGGCUGUGGAACAAGCAGUUUGCAGGGUGAUGUAAGAUUUGCCGAGGUUCUUGAGAAAAUGGGAGCUAAAGUUACUUGGACAGAAAACAGUGUUACUGACACAGGACCACCCAGAGAUCCUUUUGGAAAGAAACACUUGUGCCCAGUUGAUGUCAAUAUGAACAAAAUGCCGGAUGUUGCCAUGACUCUUGUUGUGGUUGCACUUUUUGUUGAUGACCCAACAACCGUAAGAGAUGUGGCCAGCUGGAGAGUAAAGGAGACCGAAAGAAUGAUUGUUAUCUGCACUGAAUUAAGGAAGCUUGGCGCAACAGUGGAGGAAGGACCUGAUUACUGUGUGAUCAUACCAUCAGAGAAAUUGAAUGUUACAGCAAUUGACACUUAUGAUGAUCACAGAAUGUCCAUGGCAUUCUCUCUAGCUGCCUGUUCUGAUGUUCCUGACACCAUUAAAGAUCCAGGUUGUAUCCGGAAAACUUUCCCCGACUACUUUGAAGUUCUUAAAAAGUUUACAAAGCAUUAAUCAGGGAAGGUCCUGA